UCCGGCCCGGGAAUGAGGACUCUCUACCCUGGAGACAGGGACUCGGGAGUAGAGACCCCACCGCUCCUUGAGGACGCGCCUGCCUUCCCCCGCCCGAGUGAGAGUGACCCUGAGUUACUGCGGGUGCCUCACCCCGGAAGUAGUAUGCCCGGGAAGAAGAUUGCGGAUUUGAGCUGUGUCUGGGCCAGGGGGCUGACAUCUGGGCCUACAUCUUGCGGCAUGUGCACAGCCAGAGGAGUGUCAAGAAGGUCCGGGGAAACCUGCUCUGGUAUGGCCACCAGGACAGUCCAGAGAUGUAGCCAUGGAGCAGGCCCUGCAGAGCAUGCAAGAUGCCCAGCGCCGUGCUCUCCUCCUCCGGGCCCAAGCCAGGGCCAUGCAGAGACAGCAGCGUGGGCUCCAGGGUUCCAUGCGGCGGCUGCAGAAUCAACUCCGACGCCUGCAGGAUACAGAGAGUUCUGGAAACUAGAAGUCUGAAAUCAAGGUGUGGGAAGGCCAAAGUAAAUGUGACCUUUGGACCCCUGAUGUCAGCAACCCUGGGCCUGGAACCUGUGGUCCUGCGUGAUGUGCGAACAGCCUGCACCCUCCGGACCCAGUUCUUACAGAACCUCCUGAUUCCCCAGGCCAAGGGAGGCAGCGUCCUGGCCCCCCGUGAUGACCACUUUGGAACUUCUUACCAGCAGUGGCUCAGCUCAGUGGAGGCACUGCUGACAAACCACCCCCCAGGCCAUGUCCUGGCUGCUUUGGAGCACCUGGCUGCGGAGCGGGAGGCAGAGAUCCGAUCCCUGUGCUCUGGGGAUGGGCUCCGAGAUCUGGAGAUACCCAGGCCCCAGGCACCGGACCAGCCAGACUCCAGCCAGGCCCUGCCGUCCAUGGUGCAUCUCAUCCAGGAGGGCUGGCGGGCUGUGAGUGCGCUGGUCACCCAGAGGGGCCCCCUCCUGAAGGAGCAUCAAGUCCUGACUCGGCGUCUCCAGGGCCUGAGGGAAGAGAUGGAGAGAAGUACCCUAGGACCCAGGGAGAGGCAGGUGCUGGCGCUGGGACUUCGGGGCUGUGGGCUGUGGGCGGAGCUCAGAGCCCUGCACGUGCAGAGCCAGGAACUAGAGGAGGCUGUCGGGCAGCGGCAGCUUCUGCUGAGGGACCUACAAGCCAAGCAGCAGCGGAUCCUGCACUGGCGCCAGCUCAUGGAGGAGACACAGGAACAGGUCCGCCUGCUCAUCAAGGGAAACUCGGCCAGCAAGACCCGCCUGUGCCGGAGCCCCGGGGAGGUGCUGGCCCUUGUUCAGCGAAAAGUGAUCCCCACAUCUGAGGUGGUGGCACCGCAGAGCCAGAAGCUGCUUCACUGUUUGGAGGAGGAGGCCCAGUAUCUGCCCUGCCUCGUGCUGGGCACCCUGCUGCGGCACAGUCCUGGAGAGCUGAAGCCCCUGCCCACGGUCCUGCCGUCCAUCCACCAUCUGCACCCUGCCUACCCGAGGGGCUCCACCUUCAUAGCACUGAGCCACACACUGGGUCUGCCCCCAGGGAAGGCCCCUGAGCUGCUCCUCCCGAAGGCCGCCUCUCUGCGCCAAGACCUCCUGCUCCUCCAAGACCAGUGGAGUCUCCGGAGCUGGGAUCUGCUCCAUAUGAAGACGGGCCUGCCACCGGGACCCUCCGCCCAGGAGCUACUGCAGAUCCAGGCAUCACAGGAAAAGGAGCAGAAGAAAAGCCUGGGGCAGGCUCUGAGUCAGUUGGAGAACCUCCUGAAACAGGCGCUGGAACGAAUCCCCGAGCUUCAGGGAGCUGUGGGGGACUGGUGGGAGCAGCCAGGCCAGACCGCCCUCUCUGAGGAGCAGCGCCAGGGCCUGUCCCUGCCCCAGUGGCGGCUGCGCUGGGUCCAAGCCCAGGAUGCCCUGCAGCAGCUGCGCAGGUGAAAAGGGGGUGCAAACAGGAGUCCAGUGCAUCACAUUUGUUCACCCAACAGCCACCUCCCUCAAUAAAACAUUUGGAAGACAGCAUUGUCUGUGUUUGUUGGCCCAUUGUCUACGUACACCUCUAGUCCCUCCGACAGGCUAGUGUGCCGCUCUUGUCAGUCCCCUUGCCUCCUGUCCUUUAAUCCCACCAAAACCACCCCCUGAAACUCCCGUCAUCACUUUCACUCUCAGCAAAAAGUAACUGAGUGUCUCCUCUAAGCACUGAGGUCACAGCACUGAACAGAACUGACUAAAGUCCCUGUAUUCAAGGAGCGGAUGUUCCAGGGCAGGGGGACACAGCUGACAAGAUAAACAAGCAAAAUAUGUAGUAUGUUAGAAGAUAAGAACCGCUGUGUAGAAAAAUAAAGCCAGAUGUUGGAGGUGCAGAUGUAAACAGGGUGUGUCUACACAAAGCACAGACUCAUCUACCCCGAGACCAGAAAAACUAGAUGGUGCCCAGCUGUCACUACCAACCAUUGUAAUCAGGGCCACAAUAGGUGGACCCUGAUAGAAUGGGAGAAAAAUGUGGAACAGGACCUCAAAUUCCUUGAAAAAGAGAAAGACCUACUGGACUGGUUGAGGCCAGGGGACUCGCUGAUACUAUUCCCCUGAGAUACUCUUCAAACCUUUGAACCGAGACUAAUUCCUGAGAUCACCUUGUAGCUAAAUAACAAAUUGGCUCAAAGAAUAAUGGCUAUCACCUGUAAGUAAUGUGCUGCUUUAAAAAAAUCACCUAUAUGAACCAUGGUCUUGGGGGACCUCUAGCUCAAUUGGCAUAAUAUAGUUUGUAAGGAAAACGUUCUACAUCCUACUGGGAUCUUAAAAGCGUUUGAGUGGCCAUCUAAGAUACUCCACUGGUCCCACUCCAUCUGGAGCAAGAGAGAUAAGGGAAAGAUUAUUCCAAAGGACUAACGGACCACAACUACCACAGCCUCCACCGGACUGAGUCCAGCACAACUAGGUGGUGCCCGGCCACCACCACUGACUGCUGACAGGGACCACAAUACAGAGUCUGGGACAGAGCUGGAGAAAAAUGUAGAACAAAAUUCUAACUCACACACACACAGAAAAAGACCAAACUGACUGGCCUGACCGAAAAAAACCAAACCCACUGCCACCGAGUCAAUUCCCGCUCAUAGUGAAUCUGUAGGACAGAGUAGAACUGCUGCACAGGGUUUCCAAGGCUGACAUCUUCAUGGAGGCAGACUGCCACAUCUUUCUGCCAUGGAGCAGGUGGUGGGUUCAAGCCACUGACCUUUCGUUUAGCAUCCAAGUGCUUUAACCACUGCACCACCAGGGCUGGAGAAAACCCAAGACUAUGGCCCUGGACACCAUUUUAACUCAGUACUCAAGUCACUCCUGAGGUCAGCCAAAGAUCAGACAGGCCUAUAAAACAAAAUGAGACUAAAUGGGCACAGCAGCCAAGGGCAAAGAUGAGAAAGCAGGAAGGGACAGGAAAGCUGGCAAUGGGAAACCCAAGAUCAAGGAGGGAAGAGUGUUGACAUGCCAUGGUGUUGGCAACUAAUGUCACAAAACAAUGUGUAUUAAUUGUUUAAUGAGAAGCUAAUUUGUUCUGUAAACUUUAAAGUAAAAUAAAGAAAAGAAAAUCAUGUAUAUAAGACCAAACAG